CGUCAUGCACUGCGGCCCGCGUAUAUCCAAAACACAACAGCGCGUGACAAGUUGUCAGAUUUAUAAGUGGAAGUAAACGUAGCUUCGUAAAAUGUCCAAAACAUGACAGGAUAUAAAAAUAUAACGUGUAAGCUGUAAUGGUUCCCUAAAUUAACAGCGUCGUGGUGAUGAUUAGGGGAAAGUGGCAGGACCGAGUGAAGGCGGUGGAGCAGAGGGCUUUAUCCUACCAGUCCGCCCCAAUCAGCUGUCCGUAUAAAGCUCGUCUGUCCCGGCCUUGGCAGCCGUCCUCUAUAUGGAGGUUGUUCCCUCGCCAGAGCAAUGCCAUCGCCUUCAGCCAGUGCUGCAAGCAGGAUGUGCACGUGUUUGCUAUGGAGAAAGAAAGCACAGGUGCAGGACAGAGGAUUUAUUUAGUGACCAGCUACAGUGAGCUCUGGCACUACUACAGUUCACACAGACAUUCCCUGAUGCACUGCUAUGAAGUGAUUCCUGAUGGCGCUGUAUGUAAACUCUACUUUGACCUGGAGUUUGAUGUAGCUUCUAAUAAACACUUGGAUGGCAAAAAGAUGGUGGCGUCACUGAUUCAGUAUGUAUGUGUGAAAUUGGAGAAGGUGUACGGUCUAAAGUACUCGGUGAGGGACGUGCUGAAUCUGGACUCCAGCACAGCCGAGAAGUUCAGCCGCCAUCUCAUCUUCAUCCUGUCCGACUGUGCGUUUAAGGACAACAGGCAUGUUGGCAGUUUCAUCCAUCACAUACUCAAAUCAGCACUGAAACAUCUCCAUAAAGGCUCUGAGAACUCUCCAGAAAACGUUGACGAAGCCAGCAACGGGCCUCAGUCAAAGAGAAUGAAGCAUGAGGAGGAGGACGAGGAAGACCUGGGCUUUUUGAUAGUGACGGGAAAGGAUGGACAAAAGCAGCUCUUCGUGGAUCUCGGCGUGUACACAAAAAACAGAAACUUCCGUCUGUACAAGUCGUCCAAGCUGGGGAAGAACGCUGCCUUCUCCGUAGCCGAGGAUAACGAGUUUGUCCCAGUUUCCAACAAGCACACUACAGAGGAGGAACGCAUAUUCCUGGCCUCUUUGAUCACCAACGUGAGCUUCACAUCUCAGAGGAUUCUGACACACAAUGCUCCGGAGACGACUUCAAAGGAUUCUCAGCGUUCAGCUCAACACAGAGGCACACACGGCACAGAGCUUGCAGGAAAACAUCAGACGUCACCAUACAAGGAACUGGACGACUUUGUGCUGAAGCUGGUGCACAAAGAUGGCAUUCAAGGAAGUAUAAGGCACUGGACAUACUUCUUAUCGGAGCAGCUGCUGGUGUACGACAUUGGGAAGUUCCGCUGGUGUUCUAACGUGGGUCGCUUCCACAAGAGCAACAACAUCAUAAUUAUCGUGGAUCUAAAAGAAGAGGUGUGGUACCAAAGGUGCCAUGAUCCUGAGUGCCGGAGACUGAACUACAGGUCUUCUAGUUACCUACUACCACAGGAAGUGUGUUUGAGCUACAUGCUGAAGGAGGACGAGGACGAUCAGCAGUUCCUCAUGGACGAGUUGGGAAACAUCGAGUCGAGUCCGAGUGGCAAAACGGACCGACGUUCUUCACACCGCCAGACAGACAACACACAGGAGUGUUGGGAUGAUGACACUUUGUACCUGGAGGCGCUGGAUAAAAUGGAAAGGACCAUGGAGGGAAAAGAGGAGAUUCCUGAUGAGCUCAUGAUCCAGGCGUUGACUGAGUGUGAAGCUACACUCGUCUGAGAGGCAGACAUAUGAAACGUUCUAAGUGAAAAUAUAAAAUAUUAGAUGUAGCUAAGAGAGAGAAUGGAAUUAAAUAACCAAAUGUAAUCCACUGGAGUUAAUAAUUGAUUAUUAUUAGUGUGUUGAUCUGUAAUAUCAGUGAUUCCUGAUGUUCAUGAUGUGUUGUUGCAUUUCAGAAGACAGAAAUUUAUUUAUAUAAAUUUUUUUUGUGCGUGUUGCCCUUUCAAUUUUAUUAAAUUGUUCUGUUUUAUGAAA